CCGCCCGCAUGUCCUCCGCGCACUUCAACCGGGGCCCGGCCUACGGGCUGUCCGCCGAGGUCAAGAACAAGCUGGCCCAGAAGUAUGACCACCAGCGGGAGCAGGAGCUGCGCGAGUGGAUCGAGGGGGUGACCGGCCGUCGCAUCGGCAGCCGCUUCAUGGACGGCCUCAAAGACGGGAUCAUCCUUUGCGAAUUCAUCAACAAACUCCAGCCGGGCUCCGUGAAAAAGAUCAAUGAGUCCACGCAGAACUGGCACCAGCUGGAGAACAUCGGCAAUUUCAUCAAGGCGGUCACCAAGUACGGGGUGAAGCCCCACGACAUCUUCGAGGCCAAUGACUUGUUUGAGAACACGAACCACACUCAGGUGCAGUCCACGCUCCUGGCGCUGGCCAGCAUGGCCAAGACCAAAGGGAACAAGGUGAACGUGGGAGUCAAGUACGCAGAGAAGCAGGAGCGCAAGUUCGAGCCGGAGAAGCUCAGACAAGGGAGGAACAUUAUCGGGCUGCAGAUGGGCACCAACAAGUUUGCCAGCCAGCAGGGAAUGACAGCUUACGGCACUCGACGCCACCUCUACGACCCCAAGCUGGGCACAGAUCAGCCGCUGGACCAGGCCACCAUCAGCUUGCAGAUGGGGACCAACAAGGGAGCGAGCCAGGCGGGCAUGACCGCGCCGGGCACCAAGCGGCAGAUCUUCGAGCCCUCGCUGGGCAUGGAGCACUGUGACACUCUCAACGUCAGCCUGCAGAUGGGCAGCAACAAGGGCGCCUCGCAGCGGGGCAUGACGGUAUACGGGCUCCCGCGGCAGGUGUACGACCCCAAGUACUGCCUGAGCCCCGAGCUGGAGGAGCUGGGGGAGCCCGCGCACAACCACCACCACCCACACAACUACUACAACUCAGCCUAGGGGCCCGCCCCGCUCCCCCCUCCGCGGGGGAGGCUGCCUGCUGCUCUGGGCGCCCCCCACGGGGCGGCCCACCUCUCCCCCUGCAUGGCACCCUCCAGCCCCUCACGCCCUGACGCCGCCGCCUCCUGCGCUAGCAUUUGGGGGAAGCUGAU